CCCCACAGGCGCUGUUUGAGUCCUAGUUAUGUCGAGUUUAUACCCGUGUUGAGUAAUGGUUCUUGGGUAUAGUUGUUUAAUACGGUAUUAGCCAGUGAAAAGCAGCAUCAGGAAGUACUUUCAGGAAGUAGUUUGCCUCCUUGUUUGAGUGACAGCUGUGCGGCGGUGACAGCCCACACGGGACGGCAGCCCGCAGAGCCGAGCCGAGCCGACGCUCAAGAUGGCAGGUCUGUCUUUAUACUUUGAAGAUGGCCACGAUGAUCUGGAUGAUUUUGGAUUUGAUGACUAUGGCACAGAGUGUGAUGGUAUCCGCAUCACAGCCUUCCUCGACGCAGGACAAGAUAACCUAACUCCUCUCGGGCGGCUAGAGAAGUAUGCUUUCAGCGAGAAUGUCUUCAACAGGCAAAUCGUGGCUCGUGGCCUGCUUGAUGUGCUUCGAGAGUUCAGUGACAAUGAAAAUGACUUUAUCAGUGUCAUGGAGACAGUUGCGAGAAUGUCAGAAGAUGGAGAGCCCACGGUGAGAGCUGAACUGAUGGAGCAGAUUCCUAACAUCGCCAUGUUUUUGCACGAGAGUCGGCCCAACUUUCCAGCCGCUUUCUCGAGAUACUUGGUACCAAUUGUUGUCCGAUAUCUCACUGAUCCAAAUAACCAGGUGCGGAAGACGAGUCAGGCAGCACUGCUCGUUCUAUUGGAGCAGGGCCUGAUCUCUAAAGCUGACAUGGAGACCAAAGUUUGCCCAGUUCUGCUCGACCUCACAGAACCCAGCAGUGAUGAUGACUACAAAAUCGAGGCAGUCGCUAUCAUGUGUAAAGUUGUGACUAUGCUGAACAAAGACACAGUGGAGCAUCUGUUGUUGCCACGUUUCUGUGAACUGUGCAGUGAUGCCAGGCUCUUCCAAGUGCGCAAGGUGUGUGCAGCCAAUUUUGGAGAAUUUUGUUCUAUUGUUGGUCAGGAGGCCACAGAAAAACUGCUGAUGCCCAAGUUCUUUGACCUGUGCUCAGACAGCCUUUGGGGCAUCAGGAAAGCCUGUGCUGAGUGCUUCAUGAUGGUCUCCAACUCCACCUCUCCGGAGGUGCGGCGGUCUAAAUUGUCCCCCUUGUUCAUCAGCCUCAUCAGUGACCAGUCCCGCUGGGUGCGACAGGCUGCUUUCCAAUCACUGGGGCGUUUCAUCUCCACCUUUGCUAACCCAUCCAGCACAGGCCUUCACUUCAGAGAAGAUGGUGCCCUACUAGAGGUCCCCAGAUGUACAUCUGACAACGACUGCUCCCUAAACUCCCUGAACUGUUCUGACAUUAGCAGCUGUCACACAGACAGAACCAUCACCCACACACCUCCAAACCAGGACGGGCGUGCCACACCGUCACCAGAGCAUGUGUCGACAGCUGACAGCGAGGAGUUACACAACUUUGACAGUCACACCUCAGUGCCCGAAGAGAUGCAUGAUGGCUUCACCCACACAAACAGCAGUGACAGCCCGACAGCUACAAACAAUGCUAAGAACACAAAAGAAGCGGAACAAACAGACGAGAACUUUAAUUCUUUUCACUAUUGGAGGUCUCCUUUACCAGAUAUCAGUGGGGAACUGGAGAUGCUAAGUUGUCAAACAGCACAGGAGGUGAUGGAGGAAGAAAAGAAAGAGGAAAAGGAACCUACAGAGAAUUGUAAUGAGUCCAUGUCCAACCACGGCAAACAAGCUACCAGCGACCAGAUCCAGAAGGUUUUGGACUGUUUGCAGCCACACAUGGAUGACCCUGAUGUUCAAGCUCAAGUUCAAGUGUUGUCGGCAGCUCUGAAGGCAGCCCAGCUUGAUAGCCCGACGGACAACAGCCCGUCUGAACCCCAGGCAGAGUUACAGCCUGAGAACAACACCGACAGCCUAUCUGCGGAGAGUACAUCUGUGGAGGUUCAGUCAGAGACAGAAGGGAGUCUCACAGAAGAGGAGGAAACGUUGACAACUCCCGCAGUCUCAGAGUCAUGCCCUGUCCUGGAGCAAGGAGACGAGGAGACGCAGACAGAGCCCCUGGAGAACCAGGAACAGUCUCCUCCUAACUCCCCCAUUUUGGAGUCUGAACUAAUCGAGAGUGUGGAAGAGGAGGGAAAGGACUCCCCCCCUCACAGCCCGUUAUCUGAGGAUAAGCCUAAGGUCCAGAAUGUGAUCCCGCAGCAGCUGCUGGAUCAGUACCUCUCUAUGACGGACCCGGCUCGUGCCCAGACAGUGGACACGGAGAUUGCCAAACACUGUGCCUUCAGCCUGCCAGGGGUGGCCCUUACUCUGGGUCGGCAGAACUGGCACUGCCUCAAGGACACAUAUGAGACCCUUGCUACUGAUGUGCAGUGGAAGGUGCGGCGUACGCUGGCUUUCUCCAUCCAUGAGUUGGCGGUUAUUUUGGGGGACCAGCUGACAGCAGCCGAUCUGGUGCCCAUCUUCAACGGUUUCCUCAAAGACCUGGAUGAGGUCCGCAUUGGCGUGCUCAAACACCUUUAUGACUUCCUGAAGCUGCUGCAUGCAGACAAGAGGAGAGAAUAUCUGUACCAGCUGCAGGAGUUCAUGGUGACAGACAACAGUCGCAACUGGAGAUUUAGAUACGAGCUGGCAGAACAGCUGAUCUUGAUCAUAGAGUUGUACAGCCACUACGAUGUGUAUGACUACCUCAGAGAGAUAGCACUCACACUCUGCUCUGACAAAGUCUCUGAGGUCAGGUGGAUCUCUUACAAACUGGUGGUAGAGAUCCUCCAGAAGCUGUAUGCGUGCGGGGCUGACGAACUGGGCCUGAACUUCAUUAACGAGCUCACUGUUAGAUUCUGCCACUGUCCCAAGUGGGUGGGGAGGCAGGCCUUUGCAUUUAUCUGCCAGGCCAUCGUGGAGGAGGAUUGCAUGCCCAUGGAGCAGUUCAGCCAGCAUCUCCUGCCUAGCCUGCUCAGCCUCUCAUCAGACCCUGUGGCUAAUGUCCGCGUACUGGUGGCCAAAGCUCUACGACAGAGUGUGAUGGAGAAAGCAUACUUCAAGGAGCCGGGCUGUGCCUACGCUGACGAGCUGGAAGAGACUGUGAUGGCUCUGCAGUCCGACAAGGACCGGGACGUCCGCUUUUUCGCCAGUCUGGACCCAAACAAAAGUUUGAUAGACACAGCCCCCCUGAUCUAGCCUCAGCUCCCCCUACCAGCCCUCUUACAGCCCACCUGCCUGUCUUGUCUGUCUGUCUGACUGACACACAGUCAGUUGUAAACUGCAACACCAGCACCUGACCAUAUCCCCAGCCACUCACCUGCUGGGUGGAUUCGCACUGACGACCACUUGAGAAUCAAUGGCAGAUGUUCAGGUUGCUGUAUUAAAAAGUAUGAGCAUGCUCAAACAACACAGCCUUGUCUCUGGUUGGGCACUACAUAGCGCACAUUACCUUCACAACAACGAGGAAGAGGAGAGGGAAAAAAAAGAGCAAACUUGUCCGUUUUCAUAAGAUGAGCAGGACUCAGACGUCAGCUGGCGUAUUUUACACCUGAACUUUCCCUCGCCCUCCUCCACACUAACAUCGACUCAGUCCCCAAACACAGACUUGUAAAACUACGACAGGCUUUCUGUCUCCAAAGCUAAUUCUAAGCUUGA